AGGGGCCGAAUGUUUAUUAAGGCCCAUACGAUCUAUUAAGGUCAUUUUAGUCAUUUAAACUUCAGUAUAAAUUCAACAAGGAACUAGGGUUUUGUUAUAUUUGCAUCGCCGCAAGCAACUCUAGCCGAGUAGAUCUAUCCGACGCAGAGAUGGCCAAGUCGAAGAAUCACACAGCGCAUAACCAGUCUGCCAAGGCACACAAGAACGGAAUCAAGAAGCCUAGGAGACACCGUCACACUCCCACCAGAGGAAUGGACCCUAAGUUCUUGAGGAACCAGAGGUACGCGAGGAAGCACAACGUUAAGAGCGGCGAGAAUGCUAGCGCUGAAGAAUAAGCUUUUUUGAUUUUGUAUGAGAACACAUUUUGUUUUUUUUUAUAAUGAAGUUGAGACUGUUUCAGUUCGUUUUGACUAUGUUUACGUACUCGUUUUAUCCAGGGUUUGAUUUACUAUCGUAUUCUCCUUAAAGAAAAUUGCAUUUCUUGA